AUGAGGGAGAUUCUAAACAUUGGAGUAUCGCAUCGUGCAUGCCAUUUGGCUACGCAGUUUUACAACUGUCGAGAAGAGUUACUACAGUUGAGUCCGGUAGAGAAUGAUGCUCAGGUUUUCCUGAAUCCGACCAUUGAUAAAAUAUCCAAGACGGUAUCGUACGCACCAAGAGCACUUUUGUGGGACGCGAAGUCUGGAAACGGUGCAUUGGGACUUCACCAGUAUGAAGCCCAAGGUAAUGAUCAUUUCUACACUGCGACUACCAGCGAUGCCCCGAAGCCCACGAACUCAAAUGUACAAGUUAUCAGGACACAUCCGAUGAUUCCAAAAUCUCAAUAUCAAACGGCUCUUGAUACCAAUAGUGCACUUCCUGAUUUAAAUGAUUCCAAUACUCGGUACUGGUCCGAUUACGCCAAGCUCAUUUACGGACCGUCGAAUUUGAAUUUUCUGCGCGAUUGGUACCACGAUCCCGAAAACGCGUCACUUCCCGAUUUCCAAAACCUGGGUCAAAUCAAGUUCUCAGAUUUCGGUGUAGGCCAAGAUGAAUUCAUUGAGCAUUAUUCCGCAGACUUCCUCGAGGAAAAUUUCCGGUGGCAGCUAGAAAAAUGUGAACAAUUACAAGGCCUUAAUUUGAUCUCUGAGAUUGAAAACUCUUGGGGUGGGUUUUCUUCUGCUAUGGUGUCAGAUUUGAGAGACGAAUUACCUAAAGCUACGCUUUUCACUUGGGGAUUCAACCAGGACGACAUGAUUACCGUUUCACGUCCAGGUCCCUUCUCCAAAGCCAAAUUUAAUCUACUUUGCAACAAGAUACGUUCUACAGUCUAUUUGGUACAGGAAUCAGAUCUUUUUUUUCCGCUAUGGUCAAACACUGAGAUUUCAUCGUGGAGACAAGCGGGCGAAUUAUGCAAACUAUUUGACGGCGUCAACUCAAGUUUCGAUUUGAAAGAUCUGAACAAAUCCAACUCAAUGAAUGAACUUAAAUGGAGUCUACAAUCCGAGGAACUCAGCCGCAACGUGGUCUCCGGUCUCGAAAUCUCAGACCACGAUUAUUCCUUCUUUUCACGAGUUCCACGGCUCAAGAAUAGCAAAGAUCACGAAUUCGCCAGAUGUAGCAUUUCAAGAGAAAAGAUUCCUUCUGAGAAGGACAGAAACUCCAAUCAAUUUUCAGCUUACGAAUGGAAGCCCUCCGAUACGAUUCCUCAAGAAGUUGCCCAAGAAACAAUCUAUACAAGUCAACUUUCAAUUACUGGCCAGUCUCGCGACGUUUUCAGAAAAUGGCUUGAAAUCGUCGAACGACAUUUCAGAUACGAUAACGAUCGUGAAGAACUCAAGGAUAGCCUUGGAACGCUCGCAAGUGCCUAUGAAGAAGGGUUCUAUGAUGAUGAGGAUUCUGGUGAUGAUGAUCUGUGA